UGGAAAUGGGAUUCUUCCUGCUGCAGCACGUUACAGCCUCCCCCUCGCAGCCCAGGACAAUUUCCAUCCUCUCAGAUGCUUUGGGGCAGCCUCCAAGCACCAGCCUGUCCUUCAGAUCUGCAGGCAUCUUCCAAAGCAUCCCUAGACACCUGUCACCAUGGAGCCUUCAACAAAUACGCACCAAGGCACGCGGGAAUGAAUAUCAGCCAAAGAACCUCAAGCGCAAGCGGACCCAUGGCUGGAUCAAGCGUAUUAGAACUCCCAGUGGUAUCGAGGUGAUCCUCCGACGCAUGCUGAAAGGCAGGAAAUCGCUGAGCCACUGAGUGUUGUAGCUGCAGAAUCUGUUGAGCAUGAAAUAUUUUAGUCAAGCCUGAAUAAUCAUCCGCAGCUUAGACUUUUAGAGUGAACCAGCCUUCUUCUCUAUGUAACACCCAUGAGUGACUGACUAUUCCCAUCAUGUUAUAACGUGGUGAAGAAUCAUGGAGUGCUACUUUGACAGAUGUAGGAUGCUGCUUUUCUUUUCCACUGGCUUCACUUGAUGGCUAAUUAUUUUUAAUGGCAAAAUUAUUACAACUGGUGGGAGUAGUUCUAAGGUAAAAAGUAUGCAUCCAUGAGGCGUAAUUACAAAAUAAUAAAAAAAAUCAUAUCAAGC